UUCCUUAUUUAUGACUAGUUGUAGUCAGUCACUAUGUAUUUGAGGUUGAGUAUACUGUUGGUUUGUGUAUUCAGUGCUUUUAAUAGUAACAUGGAUUUGUCAAAUGAUAAUUUAUUAAUUGAACAUAAUGUCAAUCUAGAGAGUGCUAAUGAAGCUGUUCAACAUAUUGUACCAGAUUUGAUGAUUGGUGCAGGCUGCAAGGAAUGUACAAUAAGAGAAAUUGAAUAUUGCUUGUCAAAUGAUGUUAUUGAGGAUCAUUGUUGCUGUCAGAGGAAAUAUCAUGAAGUAUUUCCAUACAUAGCACAUACUUGCUAUAACAAAUCUAGAAAUUGUGAACCUACUGUCCGAGAUUGUGGAGUGUUUGAUCGAUUAUUAGCUUGUUGUUGCCAUCACUAUCUUGGAAUGAAAUGGAAGAAUCAAAUGUCAACUACCGGCUCAAUUAAUGGCCAAAGUGAAAAUACCAAAAACUUAUUUGUUUUUGGAUUAAUUAUUUUAAUUAUUAAAAGUUAUUAUAAU